AUGUUGUCGCUCCGAGCAUCCUGCCUAAGGCCGACUUCGCGCCUCGCCCGCGUCAUCCGUGCACACCCUUCUGCGCUCGCACGCGCCUACAGCGUCGUUACUGACGCACCGGCUCCCAAAAAUAAGAAGAUCUGGGACUCUGCCGACGAGGCCAUCCGCGAUGUCAAGUCCGGAGACAUCAUCCUGUCUGGAGGCUUCGGAUUAUGUGGCAUCCCGGAAACACUCAUCGAGGCCCUCGCAAAGAGGUCUGACGUGCAGGACUUGACAGCCGUGUCAAACAAUGCCGGCGCUGGGGACUUCGGUCUGGCCCGCUUGCUGAAGACCGGCCAGAUGCAGAAACUCAUGAUCUCUUAUCUCGGCGGUAACAAGUACUUUGAGAAGCAGUACUUGGAAGGUCAGGUCGGCCUUGAGCUCGUUCCGCAAGGGACCCUCGUUGAGCGCAUGCGCGCCCACGCCGUCGGCAUGCCCGCCGUCUACACACCCACAGGCGCACACACGGCCGUCGAGACUGGCGAGAUUCCCAUCCGGUACAAGCCCGGAGGUAUCAAAGAGGGUGUCCUCAUUCCUGGCAACAAGAAGAUCGCGAAGGAGUUCAACGGCAAGCGCUAUCUCGAGGAGCCUGCCAUCGCCGGCGACGUCGCAUUCGUGCACGCCUGGAAGGCGGACGAAGUCGGCAACCUCGUCUUCAAGCACACCGCUAACAACUUCAACGCGAUCAUGGCCCGCAACGCAAAGUUAACCAUCGUCGAGGCGGACGAGAUCGUUCCCGUUGGCUCGCUUGACCCGAACGAGAUCCACGUACCGGGCAUCUACGUCGACAGGAUCAUCAAGGCAACGGCCGAGAAGCAGAUCGAGGUUCUCCAAUUGGCGCCCGAGCCAGGAGAGGCGGCUGCUGGCCAGGAUGUCCCGCCUACCGACGUUCGUCGCGUGAUCGCCCGCCGCGCCGCACAGGAAGUCAAGGACGGCUGGUACCUCAACCUCGGUGUUGGUCUCCCGACCCUUAUUCCGGAGUACCUCCCGGAGGGCGUCAACGUCUGGCUGGAGAGUGAGAACGGUAUCCUCGGCAUGGGUCCCUACCCGACACGCGACCAGGUCGACCCCGACAUCAUCAACGCUGGCAAGGAGACGACGACAUUGCUGCCUGGCGCUGCCACCUUCGACUCGGCAGAGAGCUUCGGUAUGAUUCGCGGCGGUCAUCUCGACCUUAGCGUUCUCGGCGCGAUGCAGGUCUCUGCUGCGGGCGAUAUCGCGAACUACAUGAUCCCCGGAAAGCUCGUUAAGGGUAUUGGCGGUGCGAUGGACCUCGUGUCUAAUCCGGAGAAGACGAGGAUUAUGGUCGUUAUGCAGCACUGCGCCAAGGACGGCAGCCCGAAGAUCAUGCAGGAGUGCACGCUCCCGUUGACGGGUGCGCGGGCGGUCAGCACCAUCGUUACGGAGCUCGCGGUGUUCAAGGUCGACCGUGAGGCCGGCGAGCUCGAGUUGCUCGAGGUUGCGCCGGGCAAGACUGUCGAGUACGUGCGCGAGCGCACGCACGCGCAGUUUAGGGUGUCGCCGAACUUGAAGGAGAUGUAA